AUGGGCGUUCCACGCCUUCUUCACCACUUGCAAUCAUAUGCCACUCGAGUUCAAUUCCAUCACUACAAUUCAUCCACAAAGCCUGAGGAUGGCAGAUCGCUCAUCGUCGAUGGACCCGGCCUGGCUUAUCAUAUCUAUUACAAAGCACUGGCUCGGAGAUCAACCGCUCGUAACGCACUCGAAGCCGCUCCAUCGUAUCAAGAACUUGGGCAAGCGGCCGUGAAGUGGCUAGCGUUGCUUCAGUCAUAUGGGCUCAUCAUUAAAGCGGUCUUCUUCGACGGCUUAUUACCGGAUACGAAGAAGCAGACACGAGUCUCACGACUCCAGUCCUACCUUGACCAACUUAGCGUUUUUCGAGCUCUGAACAGCCAGGGUCUUCCCGCUGCGGUUUCCGAAUGUUUACCGGAGGAUCUCACAGCAGACGAGCUGUUCUCGCCGGCGGCGGUUCCGUCUCGACUCAACUCAUUGCCUGCGAACCCCUUUCUAGUUCCAGCAGUCAUCGAAGCGCUGCUUCGCAGCGAUUAUAGGGAUGUUAUAGCCGUCGUGCCCGGAGAAGCCGACGCCUAUUGUGCGGAUCUUGCCCGAAAGGAAGGAGGCAUCACAGUCACAGGGGACUCUGACCUUCUCGCGCACGACCUUGGAUCCAACGGUUCUGUAAUGUUCUUCAAGGACUUUGACCUCAGCUAUACAGCAUUACCUGCUCAGGCCACGAUCUUGCAAGGCAUGCAGUACCAUCCAGCAAAUAUAGCCAAGACCCUUGGCUUGAAGUCUCUACUGCCGUUCGCCUACGCGGUCAGUCAGGACCCGCAUCGCGGUUUCGCCGAGUGUGCCCGGCUAGCCAAGCAGCAAGACGAGGACGGCUUGAAGUAUCGCACCUUUGCAGCUGAGUACAGCUCAAUUGCAAUGCACUCAACCCUCGGACAAAGGCUUGAUGAUCUCGAGCGGCAGAAGCUUAUACCCGUGCUGAGGCGACUUGAUCCAAGGAUAUCGGAGUUCGUCCACCGGACGGGAGCUACUAUCAUACUAGAUUCGAGUCCGAAACUUGGCCAGCUGAUCAGUAGUGCUACCUUCGAUAUGUACCUACCAUUCCUGAUCGAUGAUCCGUCAAGAGCAUCGGCUUGGCGCGCGGGUGCAGAUUUCAGACAGCUAGGAUAUUCCAUACUGGGCCUCACCUCACUGAGUCAAGCACGGGUACUAGAGCAUGAGCGAAGGGGUACUAGGAUCACGAGUACUGGUGUCUUGACAUUGAACAUCAAAGAAACAGGCUUGCAUGCGAAGUCACUUAUCGCGAACCUCGAACAGUGGAUCAAUCCUUCCAUCAGGCCUGUAGCGCCUGAGACGUGGAGGACGUUCGCCACCUACGAAGUCUGUAGAGCACUGCAAGCUGACGCAAAGCCUCUGCCGUCUAAAGUCGAAAUGAGAUCUCUCAUUGGCGGGCAAAGGACUAGCGGCAGCUGGGCGUUUAUCCACCUUUAUGGGCAGUUGCAGGCGGUGCUAUACUCGCUGAGGAUGCUGCAGCAGCUCAUAGAAGUUUUCACAACGGCCCACUCCAAGCGCUUCGAAGGGAAUGACUUCUUCAGUACCAUUGUGGGAUUGCAGCAGUAUCUUAGUGCGCUGCCGACGUUGGCUGAGCUCCUCCCUAUGACCCAGCCACAAGCCCUGGAAACUGAGUGGGAGGCUGAGAUUAAGAAGAUUCUGACAAUGCUUGGAGUACACGAGGAUGAGUUUUCGCAAGCGGAGAGCAAGCGGCGGAAGAAACGGAGGAAGAAGGUUGCAUGUUCAGAUGCUAAGCUUGAAGCGGCAUCUUUGGGACCAUCCAAUAAUAUAUACAGCGCACUCGCGGAUUCUCAUUAA